AUGGGAAAUUUAAUACGAAAACCUGGUGAAGAUUACAAAAUUUUAUCUGAUGAUAUUCUCAAUCGUUGUCGUACUAUGACUGGAUUUAAAGAUGAAGAAAUUCGUAAUGAACAUAAAAAAUUUUAUUCUAUUGCUGAAGAUGGUCGUUUAAAAAAAUCUCAUAUGGAAAAAUUAUUAGGUGAUUAUUUACCAAUAGCAAAAAGUCAACAUUCAAAAUAUUUUAGUAAUUGUGUAUUUUCUGCUAUUGAUACAAAUAAUGAUGGUUAUAUUGAUUUUCUUGAAUAUAUAAUGAGUAUAAGAUUUUUUCGAACUAAAUCACCAAUUGAAAAAGCUGAUUUUAUAUUUCGUAUUAUGGAUAAAAAUGGUGAUAAUCGUAUAUCAAAAGAAGAACUUCAACGUCUACUUAAAUGUUUACAAGAAUUUCAUAAAUCUUUAACAAAUAAUCAUGCUAUUGAAGUUAUUAGUGAUGGUCCUAAACCAGCAGCUCAUAUAAUAUUUGAAAGAAUAGAUGAAGAUAAAUCAGGUUUUAUUGGUGUAUCAGAAUUUAAAGAUGCUUGGCUUAAAAAUGAAACUAUUCGAGCUUUAUUUAAUUUUUAA